GUGAGGUGUGUGUUUGUGUUUCUCUGAAUCUGUCUCCACCCAUCCACCUGAUCUGUGCUGUCACACCUGAGAUCCUUAAAGACUGACUUCAGAUCAGACUUUGUUUCUUGUAUGUCAGUCUGAUCGUGAUUUGAUCUAACACACAUACGCACCGCUUCAGGAGAAACAUCUCAACCGACAGGUGUUCUGGCAAAAUGUUUGAGAGUUCGAGUCGGUAUGAUUUGAGCAACAGCUAUGCAGAUUCAGUACAGUCAGCUAGCACAACUGUAGAUGAAACUUCCUCAGAGCUGUCGAGGUUAUCCAGACUCAGUGCUAAAUCAAUAUACUUACAGAGGAAGGAUUAUGUUGAGUCUAUAAACCGAGAGAUGCAUCGGUGUCGGUAUAAAGUAGAGCAUCUGUUUACCUGUGAGCUGGACCGACAGCAGCUGUCGUCUGUACAGGAUUGCGUUGAAAGAUUGAAGUUGCUGGAGUCGACGGGUCGUGUAUGGGGUCAGGAUGUGAUUCUGGAGGGUCGAGAUCAGGCGCUUUACCUCACAGACGUCGAGACCAAGGAGGAGUUGGAGUCGUGGUCGUUGAGCAGUAUAUUGGAUGUGUCGGCUGUAUUAGAUGAGUGUGUUUAUGAAUCUCUCUUGACUCUAUCGGUUCAGGAUCAAAAGAGUCGAAUCAUCAGUGUGUUUCUCUUUCAGACUGAAUCUCUUAGGGCCGAUUAUAUGAAGAAAGAUCUGGAACGAUUUCUUCAACGCAAAACCCGUGAACAUAAGCAGAAUAACAUCAGUAAAGCUAAUCCGGGAAACUUUGGGCAAAGAAAUUUAAGAAGCUCUUCCCCGCUGCCCGUCAAUAAACAGAAACUUCCAGAACAUUGGAGCGCUCCGGAUUAUGAUCAGACCCCUGUUCAGACUCCGCCCCCUCUCAAUCUUUCCCCGCCCCCUCAGAGGCUAUACACAGAAAGACAGAGAGAUGUGGACAUACUGAAUCAUUUGAUUAGUGAUAUUGAGGCGUUUGUGGACAGAGUGAUAGCCGUCGCCCCAAAGAUGGAUGAAAAGAAAAAGAAGAAGAAGAAGAAAAAGAAGAAGAGGAAAGUUGUGAAGGGAAUGCCGACAGAAGAAGAGUUCACCAUGUGUCUUCGGAAAGUCAAGAUGGCUUUUAAUCUGCUGGCUAAACUACAGGGAAAGAUUGAAAACCCCAACGCUGUUGAACUCGUACACUGUCUCUUCACUGUAUUACCACUGAUUGUGUUCAACUGUAGUGAAGAUCUUCCACAGUCUGUUGUGGUUCCUCUGUUAGAACCGAUGUGUAUUCAGUUCUUGAGUGAACACGCAACACUUGAAGAAGAUCAACUCUGGCAGUCGCUCGGAGAUCCCUGGAACAUUCCCAGCACUAAAUGGGCAGAUGAUGAUGAAUAUAUUCAAACAUUCACUCCGGUGUUUGAUGACGGCUGGACGCCUCCAGAGAUCGGACAGCCGAGGAUCACAGACACACCCAGGUCACCAACCUCCAUCACACCACCGAUGAGUUUCAGAUCGAGGCUGGAAACAACACAAAGUGUGUUUAGUGCAGAAGAUGAAACUCCAGUGAGUUUCUUGCGAGCGAUAUUUGAUUUCACAGCUCGUAAUGACCGAGAACUUACAGUCAGCAAAGGAGAAGAACUACAGUUGUUGGACAUGUCUAAGCAGUGGUGGAAGGUGAGGAAUAAUGAGGGACGAGUCGGUUACGUGCCGAACAACAUGCUUCAGUCUCCAGAUCAGCAGAAGAGUCAGGAGUCUGCGCAGGAGUCUGCGCCUGCUCUCAGUAAAAGAUCUCGUCCAGAAGAAGUGAAAGUCUGGCUGGAACACAAAGGCUUCAGUAAAAUUACGGUUCGUUGUUUAGGAGGUCUCAGUGGCUCUAUGUUGUUGGGAAUGACACGUGAUGAAUUAAAAACAGUUUGUCCAGAAGAAGGAGGUCGAGUUUUCUAUCAGCUCCAGAACGUCAAAUCUGCCCUUGCUAUGGCGAGUGCAGUAACACCACUGAUGUGAGCCGACGAAGAAGCCUUUAGUCCCUUUACUUUCAAUUAGUAUAGAUGUCGUGUUUAUCUUAAACAUUUUUAUUUGACACAUAUGUACUUGCUGGUAUGUUUUAG